AGAAUGACACUUGACAGUGCAAAUAGCCUCCAGCUCCAGCCCUCCAGCUAACUUUCUAAACUUUUAAUUAGUUUAAUUAUUGCAAUAAUUAAUCUGUUUGUUUAUACCAAAUAUUUUUCCAAGGACAAAGAUUAUGAAGGGAAUAUUGGCGGAUAAAUUGAAUUUUUUAGUAUAUAAAAUAUUACCGGUGAAGGUGAUAGUGAUAUUACUUUCUUAAAUUCAUGGCAGAUACUAAAUACUACGUAAAUUUCUCACUUAUAAUGCUUUUGAUGGUCUGUAAAGCUAUGUGCUCUAGAAAUAAAUAAUCACGUACAUGAUAGAUAAGCUGGUAUUUGAUGAUAUUUCGUAAUAAUAACACAUUGACAUAAUAUUCAUUUUAACAUAUUAGGAGCCAUUCUAGAAUAGUAACUCUUACUUUGUCCCAAUCCAGAAAGAUGUCUUUUUGUGCCAACCUUGGUUUCCUUUUUAAGGAAGAAAACAAUUUAAUAAACAGAUAUAAACUUGCAAAGCAGGCAGGAUUUUAUUCAGUAGAAACACCCUUUCCUUACGGAUAUGAAAAAGAUGAAGUAGUAGCCGCUAAAAAUGCAGCAAAUGUUAACCAAGUUCUGAUAAAUAUAUAUACUGGAGAUGUUUCUAAAGGGGAAUUGGGUUUCGCUGCUAUUCCUGGCAAAGAGGAAGAGUUCAAAAAGAGUAUGUUACUCACAAUAGAAUAUGCCAAAGCAUUGGGUGUCAAGAAAAUUCACAUAAUGGCAGGAAAAAUUAUUGGAGCCGUUACGCCUGCUCAUGAUACUGUCUACGAAGAUAAUCUUCAAUGGGCAGUGCAGUCAUUGGAAAAAGAAGACAUAAUGGGAUUAAUAGAACCUAUAAACAAAUAUUCAGUCCCCCAGUAUUAUUUAAAUUCGUAUGAACGAGCUGUAGCAGUAAUCAAAAAAAUUAAUAGCCCGAAAUUAAAAUUGAUGUUGGACAUCUUUCAUCUCCAAAUGAUAAAAGGAUGUAUUACUAAUUCCAUUGAAGAAAUGAUGCCACACAUAGGACAUGUUCAAAUUGCACAAGCACCUAACAGGAACGAACCAGACAGUGCGGGAGAAUUAGAUUAUAGAUUUAUAUUGGAUAUAUUAGCCAAAAAAGGAUAUAAUGGUUGGAUAGGUUUAGAAUAUCUACCAAAGAAUGAGACCGUGGAGGGAUUAUCAUGGAUUAAAAGCUUUGGUUUCACACUUACGAACGUGUAAUGGAACAAGUUAUACCUUGUACAAUACAAUUUAGGUUAGGUUGUUAAAUUUUUAUAGAUUGAAUAAAAAAAUUGAGUAAGUA